CUGCGUGUUUUUGCGACGCAAGCCUUGCUUCAAAGAAAAUUUCCAACGGGUUGAGCCUGCACAACUAACGCUUACAGACGUAAAUUCUUCAUGCCUCCCGGGUCAUUCAGAGGUGCACGUGGUGGUGGUAGAGGUGGUCCUCCUCGAGGUGGAGGGUUCGGUCGAGGCGCCCCAAGAGGCGGAGGAGGAAGAGGAGGUUCAACUUCAGGAGGUCGUGGAGCCAGUCGCGGUGGAGCGAGGGGUAAACCCAGGGGUGGAGCCAAAGUCGUUCUUGAACCCCACAGACACCCAGGGGUGUUUAUCGCAAAGGGCAAGGACCACUUGCUUGUGACCAAGAAUCUCGUACCAGGGGAAAGUGUCUAUGGCGAGAAGCGGAUUACGGUCGAGGGCGGGUACCGAGUAUGGAAUCCUUUCCGGAGUAAGCUGGCGGCAGGAGUGCUUGGUGGAAUGGACGACAUAUACAUUGGGCCGAGCAAAAAGGUGUUAUACAUCGGUGCUGCUAGCGGCACGAGUGUCAGUCAUGUUGCAGACAUCGUUGGUCCUGAGGGAGUCGUAUACGCCGUUGAGUUUUCACUGCGCUCUGGUCGAGACCUAAUCAACAUGGCGAAGAAGCGAACUAACGUCAUCCCGAUUAUCGAGGAUGCUCGUCUGCCUAACAGAUAUCGCAUGCUCAUCACUACUGUCGACGUGAUAUUUGCGGACGUUGCACAGCCUGAUCAGGCUCGUAUUGUUGCGCACAAUGCUCAAUAUUUCCUCAAGGAUGGAGGUUACGUCGUUCUUUCCAUAAAAGCGAGCUGCAUCGAUUGCACGGUAGCACCAUCGGCGGUCUUUGUGCAAGAAGUGCAGAAACUGCGAGAAUAUAAAUUGAAGCCUAUCGCACAAAUUACGCUCGAACCAUACGAGCGGGACCAUGCUAUGGUCACUGCACAGUACCUGCGACACCAGUAGAUUCCUAUAACAACCUCUGAGAUUGUUGCUGACAUCUGGAAAGUUAUCAAAAAAGUUUGCUGAUAAGCCCAUCCGCCUGAUGACCACCCUUUUCUUCUUAAGCGAUGGUUACGGCGGUCAGGGUGAGCUUCUCAGCGGUUCAACUGUUACCUAUUGUCUGUGUGUACUUUAGGGGCUUGACACUGUAUACUUGAGCCAGGUACUUGGUGGAUAGACCCGCGGUCGCGAAUUGUGGGGCUCGCGAAUCAGCAAGGACUUGUGAUGCAUUGA